AUGAUGACGAGGCAGCCUUUGACCGAGGCGCCGCCUCCGAGUCGCGCGGCACAGUCGCCCCUCCGCUGGUCGUACAGUGAUCGAUUCGUCGUCCCGGAAUGCGAGGCCCCGGCGCCAGGGUUCGUCGCAGCGCCCGCCGCGGCGCCGCCCGGCGAGGCGCCCGCGCCGGCCGCGCCGCACGCCGCGCCGGCGCCCGCACCUGCUGCGGAAGCGCCCGCCCCGGCGCUCGCGCCCGCCCCCGCGCCGGCGGCGGCGAGCGAAGCCCCGGCCCCCGCGCCGGGCCCGGCGCCCGACCUCGACGCCGUUAUAAGGACGCUCCAGGCGCGCUGGCGCGGCCGCGUCCUGCCGACGCUCCGCGCCGUCGCGGAGGAGGCCCUCGACGUCGCCGAGCUCGACCGCCUGCUCGACGAGGACGACUCGGACGGCGGCGAGGAAAAAGGCCCCGAUCCCGAGCCAGCGCCGCCGCCGGAGGUCGACCGCGCGACGAGGCGCCGGGCGCUCCAGGAGCUCGCGCGGAACCUCCAGACGCUCGCGAGCGCCGCGGAACGCGAGCACGCGUCGCGGGCGCGCCUGCCGCGCGUGAGGCGCCUGGGGGGCGUGAUCGUGUUCGAGGCGACGAUCGCCGACCACGGCCGGAUGCGCGCGGCGGCGGGCGAGCGCCUCGAGGCGCUGCGAGCGUCGGGCGCGCUCGGCCCGUCGGCGGCGCACGCGGCGGUGUUGGACCUCGCGCUGCCGCUCGCGCGCGAGGGCGCGCGCGUCGACGACCGAGGUGCGGUACGAGAGCUCCGCCGGGCCGUGGACCGGCACGCCGUGCUCGUGCGGCGCGCCUUGCGCAAGGACGACCGUCGGCAGGCCGCCGAGCGAGCCGCCGCGUCGCCCCCGCGCCGACCGCCGCGCGAGCGAGCGCGCCCCGUCAAGCUGAGCCCGGGCCGCCGCGCCGCCGUUCGGCGGCUGCGGGCGGGGCGCGCGAACCGUCCGGCGCCGCCGCCAGAACGUCCGGCGCGGUCAAACUUCCCCUCGACGGCGACGGACGAGCCCCUCGAGAUCUCGCGGUUCUGUGACUACCGGCCGCGCGAGGAGGACCUGCUGGGCCUGCGGCUGUAA